GCGGCUUCGGUCAGUGCGCGCCAGGCCGAGCUCUACCACCAGCACUCCCGCAUGUGGGCCGAGGGCAGGUGCGACUUUUUCGACAUGCGCAGCCUCGACGUCACCUUCGAGCGGUUUUUCGCCCACCUCUACCAGGGCGGCUGCAACCUUCUGCGCGCCCGCCAGGCUCUGCGCGGUUCCGCUUUCGUGCACGGCCUCUCGGUCGCCAGGUCGGACUUCCCAUGUGCGCGCCGGGCGCCGCGCGGCUUUGGGCGGCAGGCGCUGGGCCGCGAGUGCGACCCCAUGCCGUGGGGUGCGCGCCAGCUGAUCAGCGCCGACCUCCUGGGCGGCGGCCGCGCGCUGGAGGAGCAGCACGCCGGCGCCGCCCUAGUUCUGCAGUUUGACCUCUACGCCAGGCCAUCGGAGGUGCUCGAGCUCGUAGGGUCGCCCAUCGCCGUGGGCCAUGCCUCGCAGCCGUCGGGCGUCAUCGUCAGACCGGCCGACGACGUGGGCGAGGGCUCGGCCAUCGAACAAGCUCGCGCUUGCGCUGGGCUCCAGCGCGCGCGGCCGGCGAAGUCUGGCGAGAGGCAGGUGUCGCUCGCAGCCAACCGCCUUCGGCUGCAGUGGCUCCGGCUUGCUCCGCACUCGGUCAGGCGCGGUGGCCCGGGCGAGGACUGCUUCGGGACUUUCAGAGACAUCGCGGCAAUCCAGAGUCGCG